AAGAGGGAGAGGAUGUGUGUUCACAGAGGCAGUGCAUGGCUGACACAGGAUUGCUAAUGAUACCAGUUUGGAAUACACGGCAGUCACACAGAGUGGAGACAGUGAGAGAGAAGCUGUGUGACUGGCUAAGCUACAGAAAGAGUCACACACAGCCAUCCGCAGACUGGUUCACACUGGAUACAAAGUUUAUCUCUGGUCCCUAGCAACUUACCUGAGCCAAGAUUAUCCUUAACUUGAGAUACAGCAUAUCUGACGGCCACCUAUAAGCACUAUCUGGGCAUCGGGCUUGGGACUGUGCCAGGGCCAUUGGCUCCAUCACCGGGGACUUUCUAAUUACUCUUCAAAUUCACGCUUCUGGUAAUAACGCACAGAUUGGAACUCUGUGCGCAACACAAUACACUAUUAGGAUGUGUUUUUAAAAUAUCAAAACAUUUUACUUUUUUCCUUGGGAAUUAAUUUAUUUAUUUAAAGACUAAGUAUGACCACUCCAACAACUCACCCAGCCAUGUACAUCUCUCCACCGGUGGAUUUUGUGCUUGGUGCAUCGGCAUGCUGUAUGGCUUGUGUAUUUACUAACCCUUUGGAGGUGGUGAAGACGCGGCUUCAGUUGCAAGGAGAGCUCAGGUCCCGGGGGUCUUACACACGCCAUUACAGAGGAGUCUUGCAAGCCAUGGUGGCUGUAGGGCAAGCAGAUGGACUACGUGGACUGCAGAAAGGACUAACUGCUGGGCUGCUUUAUCAGGGACUAAUGAACGGAGUACGCUUUUACCUGUACUCGCAUGCUGAAGACAUAGGACUGACACAGAAACCAGGUGGAAAUAUAGCAGCUGGAGCCAUUGCUGGGGCCAUAGGAGCUUUAGUGGGGAGUCCUGCAUAUCUGGUGAGAAAAACUGCUUUAUUUACAUAUUUACAUGGAACACCUCUGGAGGUAUUAUUUCCAUAAGUCAUGAAGGCUAUGCUCCCCUAGUCUAAAGUUCUGGCAUUGUCCACUUACCUAGUUAGCCCAAGUUAAUCAUGGAAGUCACUAAGCAUGGGCCAGGUGGUUGUCUGGCAGAAUGUACUAAUAACAGGACUCACAAGUCACAUAACAGACUUUGUGCUCACAAAAAAACCCGACAUAUAAGAAAGUACCAAUCUGCCAAACUCAUAUGUGCACUAUGAUUGCUCCUAUUGCACAUAAACAACCAAACACACACUAUGUAUAUAUAUACACACACUGCUAAAUCGUCUUAUUUGCCACUACAAGCUUGGAGUGGCCAUAGCACCAGGAAUUAAUUUUCACUUGCCAAUGGCUAGUGGAAACUUUGAAAACCCUGUAAACCAAAUAUGAAAACUGCAGGUUUCCUACAUACUACUAUGCCAAACAUACCACAAAAGUACAUUGCCAGGUCUUACCACAUACCUCCCUGCCAAACCUACACUAUAUAAAAUAUAACAAAGGAAAAAACAGCACUUGGCUUCUAAAAUGUUAAACAAUGAUUUCCUAAAAACCCACAAAAUACCUCCACAUACUUUUAAAAACAUAGAUGAUUUGGACAAAAGAGAAGUCUAUUUUCAAUGUUAAAUAAAAAAUGCCACAGCCUGUUUAGACUGGUGGAAACUCACACAAGGAAGUUCUGCAAAUGUUUUGACAGGAGAAGAGACAGACACCACAAGGACUAUAAAUGAUGCUCCUUGCCUAGGAUAUGGUGUAAGGAGGUUCCCCCAUCUCCUUUCUGUUUGUUGGUUUUUUAUAACUUCAGUACAAAACAAAAACACAGAGUACUUUCUCCAAACAGAAAUACACAUAGCUUCCCCUUGCCAGUACAAGUACUUUUAUGCAUGCAGGGUGGGCUUGCGCCAUGCAAGACUCCAAUUUCUCACACAGUGUUUCUCAUAUUUUUGUAUGAAUAAAGCUACCAGUUACAAGAAAUACGCUUUAAAUUGCCCAUAUUACUGUGUGCACCAGUCUCAGACAUGAUUUUACAUUAGAGAACAUUCUAUUAAGUGCUAAACUAUGUAUAAACAGAUGAUUUACUGUUAAUUUUAUAAAGCCCCGUGUUAUUUAAAAACAAGACAAAGAAAAAUUACAAUAAUAUAGUUUGAAUACUCUUCUUCCCAUUAAGGCAAACAGCAAGUAUUUUAUGGACUUAAAUAAAGCAGUCACAUUAGCUGUUAUGCUGCUCACUUCUCAUACCUCCCAACAUUUCAAAUGGACUUUCAUUUUAGGGAUGUGGCCAGGGGCAGGGCUGUCCUGAGAAAUUAUAGGUAACAUAUUAAUAGCAAUAUAUGUAAAGAAAAUGUAAUUUAGAAGAAGAACAACGUAUCUUAUUUACACAGACUGAUUUCUAAACACAUUUAUUGUCGUUUAAAGACACAUUACUGGGAUUAUUAUUGCUGUGGGGCUCUGUUAUACACACAGACACAUUACUGGGAGUAUUAUUACUGUGGAGCUCUGUUACACACUCAGACACAUUACUGGGAGUAUUAUUACUGUGGAGCUCUGUUAUACACUCAGACACAUUACUGGGAGUAUUAUUACUGUGGAGCUCUGUUAUACACUCACACAUUACUGGGAGUAUUAUUGCUGUGGAGCUCUGUUAUACACUCAGACACAUUACUGGGAGUAUUAUUGCUGUGGAGCUCUCUUAUACACUCAGACACAUUACUGGGAAUAUUAUUGCUGUGGCUGCUAUACACUCAGACACAUUACUGGGAGUAUUAUUGCUGUGGCUGCUAUACACUCAGACACAUUACUGGGAGUAUUAUUACUGUGGAGCUCUGUUAUACACUCACACAUUACUGGGAGUAUUAUUGCUGUGGAGCUCUGUUAUACACUCAGACACAUUACUGGGAGUAUGAUUGUUGUGGAGCUCUGUUAUACACUCAGACACAUUACUGGGAUUAUUAUUGUUGUGGAGCUCUGUUAUACACUCAGACACAUUACUGGGAGUAUUAUUGCUGUGAAGCUCUGUUAUACAAUUAGACACAUUGCUGGGAGUAUUAUUGCUGUGGAGCUCUGUUAUACACUCAGACACAUUACUGGGAGUAUUAUUGCUGUGGAGCUCUGUUAUACACUCAGACACAUUACUGGGAGUAUUAUUGCUGUGGAGCUCUGUUAUACACUCAGACACAUUACUGGGAGUAUUAUUGCUGUGGAGCUCUGUUAUACGCUCAGACACAUUACUGGGAGUAUUAUUGCUGUGGAGCUCUAUUAUACACUCAGACACAUUACUGGGAGUAUUAUUGCUGUGGAGCUCUGUUAUACACUCAGACACAUUACUGGGAGUAUUAUUGCUGUGAGCUCUGUUAUACACUCAGACACAUUACUGGGAGUAUUAUUGCUGUGGAGCUCUGUUAUACACUCAGACACAUUACUGGGAGUAUUAUUACUGUGGAGCUCUGUUAUACACUCAGACACAUUACUGGGAGUAUUAUUGACUGUGGAGCUCUGUUAUACACUCAGACACAUUACUGGGAGUAUUAUUGCUGUGGAGCUCUGUUAUACACUCAGACACAUUACUGGGAGUAUUAUUGCUGUGGGGCUCUGUUAUACACUCAGACACAUUACUGGGAGUAUUAUUGCCGUGGAGCUCCAUUAUACACUCAGACAAAUUACUGGGAGUAUUAUUACUGUGGAGCUAUGUUAUACACUCAGACACAUUACUGGGAGUAUUAUUGUUGUGGAGCUAUGUUAUACACUCAGACACAUUACUGGGAGUAUUAUUGCUGUGGAGCUCUGUAUUACCCUCAGACACAUUACUGGGAGUAUGAUUGUUGUGGAGCUCUGUUAUACACUCAGACACAUUACUGGGAUUAUUAUUGUUGUGGAGCUCCAUUAUACACUCAGACAAAUUACUGGGAGUAUUAUUACUGUGGAGCUCUGUUAUACACUCAGACACAUUACUGGGAGUAUUAUUGCUGUGGAGCUCUGUUAUACACUCAGACACAUUACUGGGAGUAUUAUUGCUGUGGAGCUCUCUUAUACACUCAGACACAUUACUGGGAGUAUUAUUGCUGUGGAGCUCUGUUAUACACUCAGACACAUUACUGGGAGUAUUAUUGCUGUGAGCUCUGUUAUAUCUAGACACAUUGCUGGGAGUAUUAUUGCUGUGGAGCUCUGUUAUACACUCAGACACAUUACUGGGAGUAUUAUUGCUGUGGAGCUCUGUUAUACACUCAGACACAUUACUGGGAGUAUUAUUGCUGUGGAGCUCUGUUAUACACUCAGACACAUUACUGGGAGUAUUAUUGCUGUGGAGCUCUGUUAUACACUCAGACGCAUUACUGGGAGUAUUAUUGCUGUGGAGCUCUGUUAUACACUCAGACGCAUUACUGGGAGUAUUAUUGCUGUGGAGCUCUGUUAUACACUCAGACACAUUACUGGGGUAUUAUUGCUGUGGAGCUCUGUUAUACACUCAGACACAUUACUGGGAGUAUUAUUGCUGUGGAGCUCUGUUAUACACUCAGACACAUUACUGGGAGUAUUAUUGCUGUGGAGCUCUGUUAUACACUCAGACACAUUACUGGGAGUAUUAUUGCUGUGGAGCUCUGUUAUACACUCAGACACAUUACUGGGAGUAUUAUUACUGUGGAGCUCUGUUAUACACUCAGACACAUUACUGGGAGUAUUAUUGCUUUGGAGCUCUGUUAUACACUCAGACACAUUACUGGGAGUAUUAUUGCUGUGUAGCUCUGUUAUACACUCAGACACAUUACUGGGAGUAUUAUUGCUGUGGAGCUCUGUUAUACACUCAGACACAUUACUGGGAGUAUUAUUGCUGUGGAGCUCUGUUAUACAGACACAUUACUGGGAGUAUUAUUGCUGUGGAGUUCUGUUAUACACUCAGACACAUUACUGGGAGUAUUAUUGCUGUGGAGCUCUGUUAUACACUCAGACACAUUACUGGGAGUAUUAUUGCUGUGGAGCUCUGUUAUGCACUCAGACACAUUACUGGGAGUAUUAUUGCUGUGGAGCUCUGUUAUGCACUCAGACACAUUACUGGGAGUAUUAUUGCUGUGGGGCUCUGUUAUGCACUCAGACACAUUACUGGGAGUAUUAUUGCUGUGGGGCUCUGUUAUACACUCGGACACAUUACUGGGAGUAUUAUUGCUGUGGGGCUCUGUUAUACACUCGGACACAUUACUGGGAGUAUUAUUGCUGUGGAGCUCUGUUAUACACUCGGACACAUUACUGGGAGCAUUAUUGCUGUGGAGCUCUGUUAUACACUCAGACACAUUACUGGGAGCAUUAUUGCUGUGGAGUUCUGUUAUACACUCAGACACAUUACUGGGAGCAUUAUUGCUGUGGAGUUCUGUUAUACACUCAGACACAUUACUGGGAGUAUUAUUGCUGUGGAGCUCUGUUAUACACUCAGACACAUUACUGGGAGUAUUAUUGCUGUGGAGCUCUGUUAUACACUCAAGACACAUUACUGGGAGUAUUAUUACUGUGGAGCUCUGUUAUACACUCAGACACAUUACUGGGAGUAUUAUUGCUGUGGAACUCUGUUAUACACUCAGACACAUUACUGGGAGUAUUAUUGCUGUGGAGCUCUGUUAUACACUCAGACACAUUACUGGGAGUAUUAUUGCUGUGGAGCUCUGUUAUACACUCAGACACAUUACUGGGAGUAUUAUCGCUGUGGAGCUCUGUUAUACACUCAGACACAUUACUGGGAGUAUUGUUGCUAUAGAGCUCCGUUAUACACUCAGACACAUUACUGGGAGUAUUAUUACUGUGGAGCUCCGUUAUACACUCAGACACAUUACUGGGAGUAUUAUUGCUGUAGAGCUCUGUUAUACACUCAGACACAUUACUGGGAGUAUUAUUGCUGUGGAGCUCUGUUAUACACUCAGACACAUUACUGGGAGUAUUAUUGCUGUGGAGCUCUGUUAUACACUCAGACACAUUACUGGGAGUAUUAUUACUGUGUAGCUCUGUUAUACACUCAGACACAUUACUGGGAGUAUUAUUGCUGUGGAGCUCUGUUAUAGAUUCAGACACAUUACUGGGAGUAUUAUUGCUGUGGAGCUCUGUUAUACACUCAGACACAUUACUGGGAGUAUUAUUGCUGUGGAGCUCUGUUAUACACUCAGACACAUUACUGGGAGUAUUAUUGCUGUGGAGCUCUGUUAUACACUCAGACACAUUACUGGGAGUAUUAUUGCUGUGGAGCUCUGUUAUACACUCAGACACAUUACUGGGAGUAUUAUUGCUGUAGAGCUCUGUUAUACACUCAGACACAUUACUGGGAGUAUUAUUGCUGUGGAGCUCUGUUAUACACUCAGACACAUUACUGGGAGUAUUAUUGCUGUGGCGCUCUGUUAUACACUCAGACACAUUACUGGGAGUAUUAUUACUGUGUAGCUCUGUUAUACACUCAGACACAUUACUGGGAGUAUUAUUGCUGUGGAGCUCUGUUAUACACUCAGACACAUUACUGGGAGUAUUAUUGCUGUGGAGCUCUGUUAUACACUCAGACACAUUACUGGGAGUAUUAUUGCUGUGGAGCUCUGUUAUACACUCAGACACAUUACUGGGAGUAUUAUUGCUGUGGAGCUCUGUUAUACACUCAGACACAUUACUGGGAGUAUUAUUGUUGUGGAGCUCUGUUAUACACUCAGACACACCAGCAAUAUGGAGCUCCUAAAAAACAGGACCAUUAGAAUAGAAUAGAGGGACAAAUGGGGGAGAGUCCGUCAUAAAUAGGGACAUGGUAUGCUUGCUAAGUAUCCAGUGGGUACCAUAAGUUUGUGAAAAUAAGAUACUCUAAUCCUUUGGGUUCUGAUCAUUCCCCCUCCAUAUAUAUAGUAUUCACCACGCACCAUCACCAGUCAGUAAUACCUUGAGGGUUGAACACUGACAAUUUGCAUGUGUAUGUGUUUUAAAUGUUAAUUAGUUAAAACGUGUCUGAGCUCUUUGUUAUUGCAUUUAUGACAGUACUGCAGGAAUCUGAAUAGCAUUGAUAGGUUUAUUCACCUUAGUAAGAAUUGUCAGGAAUUCAAAGUGUCUAAAUACCCAAACUGUAAAGAGUUUCCAGGUCAGCAAUUGAAACCAGUUUGUGUUUUUUGUUGCUGUGCUGUACGUCAUAUCCAUGGGGGAUAACAGAGGGUAACUGAAGCAGCGUAACUGACCCAUUGUAGUACUACCCCAUAUAGGUUACAUUUAUAUGGCAGAAGUAACACUUCCACAUUAUCAGUUUCAUGAUUAGCCCAGCACUGUCAGACAAUCAGUGUCCAAGAUGGACAAAAUUAACAAUGAUAAUGUAGAAGAAGGGGUGGUCCUGGGCGCAGAGGAGAGCCCUGAUUUAUAUCAAACCAGCAAGCUGUGGGGUUUAUGUUGCCAUCGUCGGUUAUUUCAUUUUUAUCUUGGAGGACACCAGGAAAGUGGCCCUAGUAAUCACUGUAUGAGUGGAUCAGUAAACAUUCUUCCAACGCCCUGCGCAUUCAGCCGAUGACGUCGCUAUGAAGGAGGAGAGCUCCACACCCUUCCUCUCCCCAGAGCCCAGCGGGAGGGGGACCCUGAGGGUGGGGGCACAAGUAUGUUUUCCUGGCACUAUAGUGGUCCUUUAAAGUGAAGAACACAAACACACGGCUUCUUUAGGCAGUAUUAAGGCAUUGUCCUGUUUGGUCACCUUGCUGGGCAGUGUGAAACCCAGGUAUCCAUGUAAUCUGUGACAACACACCCCAAGCAUGACCCUACCACUCCUCCUUUCAUCCUGACCAGUUAUAUAUCAGGGUAAUUCACUAAACUGGCAAUUACAAAGUACUGACCAAGGAACUGCAAGUUUUAAAGCACCAUAACUACUACAGCACACUAUUUAAGUACGGUUUGACUUCUUAACUGUUGUUUACCUCUAUUAAAACUCUCAGGCCAUCCAGAGAGUCUCUGCCAGAUCUAAGCCGAGAGAGUAGGAGGGGAAUAUUUUAAAAAGGAACUCUAGGUACCAUAACCACCACAGCACACUGUGGUGCUCAUUGUACUCUGAGUGUUCCUUUAAGACAAAAUUGUAGAGUUUAAAAAAAUAGCUGCUUUUAAGAACUUUUUUUUUAAGCUUGGAAUUUGCACUUCUCUUGUCAGUUUCCAGUGAAAUUUAUUUUUCAGCAAUAUUCCAAAGAUAAAUAACUGGAGGAACAGUACACACAUGUCCUUGGCUAUAGUAUGUUAGAAUAAUAACAUGGCUUUCACAGCGAUUUAUUCUCUAUAGACACGAGAAGAGAUGCAGCCUGUGUACACUGUUACUUAUAAUAUGAAUAUUGUGUGAUCUGCAGUUUGAGAAUAGUUUUUGUUGAAUGAGUAAUCAGUCACACGACCUGCAAAGCAUCCCUACUGCGGGAGUCCUGACAUAACAUCGCUCUGAGCUGGAGGAUAGAGGACAUAUUAAUUUAGUAGCAUAGGUCAUUUUAAACCACAGAGCAGCAAAAAGGCUGACUGUGCUUCUCCCCAACCCUGUGACCAUUGCCACUGCUUUUCUCGCUCGCGAUGAGUGUGCGAGAGAUGUAGUUUUGGUUCCUUCCUGGGUUAUCACUAAUAUGCUGACAUAGUUUUAUCCCACAAUUCCAGUAACUCCCAGUCCUGUGAUUAGACCCUCCAGAACAAAGUGGAGGAAAACUUUAUUUGAAUUUGUUUUUUACCUCCAGUGAGCUAGUUUUAGCUAUAAAGGCUUAUUUCAUUUCCAUCUAAGUUAGCAAGGUUCCCAAGUCCACCUUCGAUUAAUAUAGGUUAAACUGUAGCAUAUGCCGAAUAACAGCCAUAUUGCUGAGAAGUUUCCCCAAAAUUCGCUACUCAAGACAGGAAUUAUUAGAUAGUAUGCUGGGCCUACCAGCAUUUAUUGGGCCUUGGUUAGUUUACAUUUUCAAGUUGGAUGCAAAUGAGUGACAAUUUAACGGACAAGUAUGGCGAAACUAGCCUUGAUCUCCAGCUGACACAUACUAAUCCCCCCCAAAUCAGAAUAUACUCAACACAGUGAUUGAAAAUAAUCUACCAGAGGGACAGGACAGUAACCCUGGCCAUGCUUAGUAAAAUGUUAUAUUAUUAAGGAGUACGUCAGACUGAAAUUACAAAUCAAAUCUUCAGGAUCUUAUACAAAGCAUUUUUCUAUUCCUUUACUGUCUUUGUCUUUAACCCUUUCAGUGCCAGAUGUGUGCCCCACAUAUUGUUUUGCAAUGUGUUAGUCACAACUCUGGCACUCAGAGAGUUAAAAAGGAUAGUCUACGCAUUAAAAUCACUUAAUCACAAAUCCCAAUGCCAUGAUUUUGGCAAAUAGUGCUGCUUCCGUCUGUAGUGGCAGCACCUAUGACAUUUUGCUGUUUCCAUGCUUGCUAAUGGCCAUCAGACUAAAAUAGGUUAAAUUACUGAAUCUAUUUUAUUUGAGGGUGCAAAGUAUGCCAAUGUGAGAAGUCGUGUGUGCCCAAUGUUUUUCACGAGAAGCAUUGCAUUGGUGGUUUGUGGCAAUAGCAGUGCAUGCGACAUGUGCCUUCAAUGCUUCUCUAUGAAAAAGUAUCUGAUUAGAGAAAAUUCAUCAGGAUUGACAACCACACUGGAGUAGAAUCGGACUGACUGUCCCAGAGUCGAGAAUAAAGUUUUUUGCUUAUUUGAAUAAUUUGUAUAAUUUUAUUUUCGUUAAUGUAAGAGACAGAAUCCGAUACCUGGUAUGAUUCACAGAUGGCUUUACUGAUAGGACAGACAGACAUUUCUCUGCAUUUCAUUUUAAUACAUAUUUGUUUUGUGCAGGUAAAGACUCAUCUGCAGGCUCAGACUGUGGCUGCAAUCGCAGUUGGACACCAGCACAAUCACCAGGUAAGAUCCUCAAACUGACUGAUGGCUGCCAUGCCAGAUUCUCCUAUUCCCUCUCAUAACCCAAUGUAUGGCAUUAUAAAGAAAAGAUGGUUAACAUAAGUGUGCACAGCAUAGAAAAUAAGAGUGGGCCACUAGAGAAAAACUACCCCCUACCUAAACUUUACUUUAAAAAUAGAAGUAAAAAUAAUACACUUUUUUUACUUUUAUUAUAAAAAGGUGUAUACAGAGACUGGUCCCUGGCAGUGAAGGAUAGGUAGGGGUGAGACUGGUCCCUGGCAGUGAAGGAUAGGUAGGGGUGAGACUGGUUUCUGGCAGUGAAGGAGAGGUAGGGGUGAGACUGCUCCCUGGCAGUGAAGGAUAGGUAGGGGUGAGACUGGUUUCUGGCAGUGAAGGAUAGGUAGGGGUGAGACUGCUCCCUGGCAGUGAAGGAUAGGUAGGGGUGAGACUGCUCCCUGGCAGUGAAGGAUAGGUAGGGGUGAGACUGGUCCCUGGCAGUGAAGGAUAGGAAGGGGUGAGACUGCUCCCUGGCAGUGAAGGAUAGGUAGGGGUGAGACUGGUCCCUGGCAGUGAAGGAUAGGUAGGGGUGAGACUGGUCUCUGGCAGUGAAGGAUAGGUAGGGGUGAGACUGUUUCCCGGCAGUGAAGGAUAGGUAGGGGUGAGACUGCUCCCUGGCAGUGAAGGAUAGGUAGGGGUCCCUGCCAGUGAAGGAUUGGUAGGGGUGAGACUGUUUCCUGGCAGUGAAGGAUAGGUAGGGGUAAGACUGGUCCCUGGCAGUGAAGGAUAGGAAGGGGUGAGACUGGUCCCUGCCAGUGAAGGAUAGGUAGGGGUGAGACUGGUCCCUGGCAGUGAAGGAUAGGAAGGGGUGAGACUGCUCCCUGGCAGUGAAGGAUAGGUAGGGGUGAGACUGGUCACUGGCAGUGAAGGAUAGGAAGGGGUGAGACUGCUCCCUGGCAGUGAAGGAUAGGUAGGGGUGAGACUGGUCCCUGGCAGUGAAGGAUAGGUAGGGGUGAGACUGCUCCCUGGCAGUGAAGGAUAGGUAGGGGUGAGACUGGUCUCUGGCAGUGAAGGAUAGGUAGGAGUGAGACUGGUCCCUGCCAGUGAAGGAUAGGAAGGGGUGAGACUGCUCCCUGGCAGUGAAGGAUAGGUAGGGUUGAGACUGGUCUCUGGCAGUGAAGGAUAGGUAGGGGUGAGACUGGUCCCUGGCAGUGAAUAGGUAGGGGUGAGACUGGUCCCUGGCAGUGAAGGAUAGGUAGGGUGAGACUGGUCCUGGCAGUGAAGGAGGUAGGGGUGAGACUGUUUCCCCUGGCAGUGAAGGAUAGGUAGGGGUGAGACUGCUCUGGCAGUGAAGGAUAGGUAGGUAGGGGUGAGACUGCCUGGCAGUGAAGGAUAGGUAGGGGUGAGACUGGUCCCUGCCAGUGAAGGAUUGAUAGGGGUGAGACUGCUCCCUGGCAGUGAAGGAUUGGUAGGGGUGAGACUGGUCCCUGGCAGUGAAGGAUAGGUAGGGGUGAGACUGUUUCCUGGCAGUGAAGGAUAGGUAGGGGUGAGACUGUUUCCUGGCAGUGAAGGAUAGGUAGGGGUGAGACUGCUCUCUGGCAGUGAAGGAUAGGUAGGGGUGAGACUGCUCCCUGGCAGUGAAGGAUAGGUAGGGGUGAGACUGUUUCCUGGCAGUGAAGGAUAGGUAGGGGAUGAGACUGCUCCCUGGCAGUGAAGGAUAGGUAGGGUCGAGACUGUUUCCUGGCAGUGAAGGAUAGGUAGGGGAUGAGACUGCUCCCUGGCAGUGAAGGAUAGGAAGGGGUGAGACUGGUCCCUGCCAGUGAAGGAUUGGUAGGGGUGAGACUGGUCCCUGGCAGUGAAGGAUAGGUAGGGGUGAGACUGUUUCCUGGCAGUGAAGGAUAGGUAGGGGAUGAGACUGCUCCCUGGCAGUGAAGGAUAGGUAGGGGUGAGACUGUUUCCUGGCAGUGAAGGAUAGGUAGGGGAUGAGACUGCUCCCUGGCAGUGAAGGAUAGGAAGGGGUGAGACUGGUCCCUGCCAGUGAAGGAUUGGUAGGGGUGAGACUGGUCCCUGGCAGUGAAGGAUAGGUAGGGGUGAGACUGUUUCCUGGCAGUGAAGGAUAGGUAGGGGUGAGACUGUUUCCUGGCAGUGAAGGAUAGGUAGGGGUGAGACUGAUUCCUGGCAGUGAAGGAUAGGUAGGGGUGAGACUGCUCUCUGGCAGUGAAGGAUAGGUAGGGGUGAGACUGUUUCCUGGCAGUGAAGGAUAGGUAGGGGAUGAGACUGCUCCCUGGCAGUGAAGGGUAGGUAGGGGUGAGACUGUUUCCUGGCAGUGAAGGAUAGGUAGGGGUGAGACUGGUCUCUGGCAGUGAAGGAUGGGCAGGGGUGAGACUGCUCCCUGGCAGUGAAGGAUAGGUAGGGGUGAGACUGGUCUCUGGCAGUGAAGGAUGGGCAGGGGUGAGUCUGCUCCCUGGCAGUGAAGGAUAGGUAGGGGUGAGACUGGUUUCUGGCAGUGAAGGAUAGGUAGGGGUGAGACUGGUCUCUGGCAGUGAAGGAUAGGUAGGGGUGAGACUGGUCUCUGGCAGUGAAGGUUGGGGAGGGGUGAGACUGGUCUCUGGCAGUGAAGGAUGGGCAGAGGUUAGUCUGCUCCCUGGCAGUGAAGGAUAGGUAGGGGUGAGACUGGUCCCUGGCAGUGAAGGUUGGGGAGGGGUGUGAUCAUUCUUGGCAGAGUGAGCCUUGCUUAAGCAUUCAUUUUAUUCCAAAGUCCUGCGGGUGGAUUCUGGCUGCUGUAUCCUGACUGGUCUAGUCUGUAACCUGCAGAGCACUCCCUCUGAUCAAUAAACCCAGUAUUGUAAAAUGCAGAGCCUUGUCUAUUAACCAUUCCACUGCCACAUAACAUAAGACAGAGAAGUAUGCAUAACAUUUAAUCUGCCACAUUGUAUACAGAAAAUAUAGAAGGUACAGUGUACAUAUUAACACUGCAGAGCACAACUGCUGCAUUGUACAGCAUUUGCAGAGUGUGCAUAUUAAACAAUACUUUUUUUAAUUAUUCAGUGCCGUUUGCACCCUGUAGGACAGUUUAACAAAAGCCACAUAUUUGAAAUAUUUUGGUGUACAUUGUUUAGUUUUCAUGACUCCUUCCUGUGAUAUUGGGCUGCCAUUGUCCUGUUUAGCCGUUCUGUAUAUACCCCUCUGUGCUCCCCUGCCUUGCUCUGCUGCUUGCCCUCCGGGUUCUGCCACACACUAUUUCCACUGUGUGAGCCCUGAUACGCUGCUCGAUGGCUUUCCCUGCUGUUCCCUGCUGUUCCCUGAUGCUAUGAUUCUGUAGUGGUACAUCUAGAAAGGAGGCCAGGUCAUAAUACUAUCCCAGGUCUCUAAUUAUUGGUCUGGGUUUCUAAUAUCAUUUUAUAAAGUGGUACAAAGAGUAAACAGGUAGCAGCAAACCAUUAGAAUGCUGGGACACAGUGACAUCACAUGGAACGAUGGAUGUGAAAGGACUAAAACACUCUAUUACCUAAAAGAUCAGAAAUUACUAAGAUAUCAUUGUAAAUCUUAGGAUAUUACAAAGAAAAAGCACAGCCAUCUGCUAACAAGUGCACAUUUGUUGGAUGCAUGGUUGAGUUUUCACUAAACAAUUUUCUGGUUCUGAGUCGAUGUCUAUAACAAGCUAAGUAAACGUACUAAUCCAGACCUCAGCAGCCAAGCCUUUCCUUUCACUAACUGACGCCACAACCGUGUGCAGGCCUUUGCUUGCAAAACAAAACAAAACAAAAACAAAAACUACUUGGGUUCCCAAAAAAAUAAAAUACUGCUUGAAGUUAGAAGAAAACUGUCAGUCCAUUGGAGGCCUUGUCAAGUUUCCUCCCUAACACUGCCAUUCUAUAUAAUACAAUUGAUCACUCCUGGCUGUGCGUUCACAAUAUAAUUACAUCAGCCAACAUCGGUGUUAAUCCUUACACGUCAUAGUGCAAGUCAUGGCCUGGCUUAUAAAGAGCAAACACAGCAUGCGCACACCGGCGUUGAUAGCGGAGUUCAGUAAUGUGAACGCUUUGCUGGGCAAAGCCGAGGGAUCUUCAGUAAGGUCAUUGAAAAUGGAAGCGCUAAGAGUACAGGAUGUUAAUGGUAGAAAGGUUAAGGGGGCUAUUAGAGUGGUAGAAAAGUGAGCAGGGUUGAUAAAAUGGCAGAAAAGUGAGGGAGGGGUUAUCAGAAUGGCAGAAAUUUGAUAUAAGGCUUAUUAGAAUGGCAAAAAAGAAAACAUUUUGGUCUACUAUUAAGCACCUAUUGUCUUGCAGCUGUUGUAGUGGCUUGUCGUAUUACCCUCCCUUGGACCAGAUGAUGGUUCAUGUAAGUUACAUCAGUAGGAUGCAAGUUUGCUGUAAUUAUAGAUGUUGAAACCAUAACGAAGUAAAUUCGAAGUCAUCGUACUAGCACUUCAUGUCACAUAGGAAAGUAGGUUUAUCAUUAAGUCUGCUGAGUUUGAACCAACAGGGAGAAUCUGGUUCUCUAGGCCUGCAGGUUUUAUACAUGGGGAUUAUUGCAGCAAAAUCAUCAUGUUGUUGUGUCUUGAAAGUGCUUUUUAAUUUGUGUUGUAAGUGGGGGUCCUGAGUGUUAGUGAAUGUUUUAAUAAUAUAGGUCCUGUCUUCUCCAGAGUGUGAGCAGUGCCUUUGAAACAAUCUAUAGGAAGCAAGGGAUUCUGGGACUAUGGCGCGGUGUAAAUGGAGCGGUACCCAGAGUUAUGGUGGGCUCUGCUGUCCAGCUGGCAACAUUUGCGAGUGCCAAGGAAUGGGUAAAAAGGCAAAAGGUAAGGCUCUACUGGAAUCGUUUUUACUUUGCAAAACGUAUUACAGUCAUUUCUCGUCUUGCAUGUCAGAGGGCUGAGCAAUACAUUUCUCCAUGGUGAUAUAAUUUGGGGGGCGUGGAGUUCUGGACUUACCUCUGUUGGCUUCUCCUUCCAGUGGUUUUCCGAAGACAGCUGGCUGGUUGCACUGACUGGUGGAAUGAUCAGCAGUGUUGGUGUAGCCAUCGCCAUGAUGCCGUUUGAUGUGGUCAGUACACGAUUGUAUAACCAACCUGUGGAUGUAACCGGCAAGGUGAGCUCUUCUUUAACAUGCCAGUAUCCGCUCUAGUCAUGCUCGGAAGACUAAAACAUAAUGGAAUCCAGAACAUGAGUUUUAUGUAAAAUUAUUAUAAUAUCAUCAUAUUCCUUUAUCUAGACCUAGAUGGACUAAAUUUCAAAUUAUGGCAUUAUUUAAACACUGAUUAAAUGGCUUCUGUUACCACUGUUAAACUAGGUUUAGGGUUUAUUGGCUGUAAUCUGAGAAUUGUGGAGAAUAGACAAAGGAAUUCCCAAAUUUUGGUCAAAUUGACAAGGAGGAAAAAUAGCUGAGAUGAAGAACCAAUUUGGUUAUUCUGUUAAAAAAUAACUAAAUUUCAUGUUGAUUUUUCACAUUCCUCACACAGUUCACCCCCUCCAAUACAAUCAACAUUGUUAACCUCCUUACUGUAACUACUAAAACAUUGAAAGAUAACACAUUCCCCCUAUAUGGUAGAUGGUGUAACACCCUCCCCUUACUGUAACUAGCACCACUGAAACAUAUAUUAAUCUGUCUGUAAUCAGGUGACUAAAUGUGCUUGUGUUUUUGCAGGGGAGAUUGUACAUAGGCUUCUUGGACUGUUUUUUGAAGAUAAUACAUAAAGAAGGGAUUCUAGCUCUUUAUAAAGGGAUUGUUCCUGCAUACGUUCGGCUGGGGCCACACACCAUCCUUAGCCUGCUGUUUUGGGAAGAACUGAGAAAAUUGACAUAUUAUUAUCAGCACCACUGAUUCUACUGCAGAAGGGAACUUAUAUGCCAAACUGGGGGUUGAUAACUCGUGAGCUUGACCAAACAAUCUGGUGAUUAAAACAUCAGGGUGACGUAUAGUGUGGCAUUUUUAAUUUCCACUGAAGAUCUGGAGAUGAGUAUAUACUAGAAAAAUAAGAGGGAACCAACCCAACAGAUCUCAACAGACAACCCCCUAGUAAUAAGGAUGCCGAAGCCUAAGGGGUAUCAACAUCUAAUCCUGCAACUCUCACUACCUCCAGGAUCAUGUAAGUGGGAGAACUAAGCCUGACGAUUGAAUGUGCUUCCCACCAGCUAUCAACUGGGGCCAGAUUCUCCAUCUACAGCCCCUCAUCAGGAUUUCAGCUCAAUAUUCAGAGGGUGGUGUUAUUUCAGGAUAUCCUGAUUUAACUCUGAUUUAAAGCAACUUUGUACCUCAUACUGUACCGUGUGUAACACAUUCCUCAAAUUGAAAAUAAAAUUAAAUAUAAAGGUCUGCAUGUUUUGACUAAAAAACUAAGAAUGAACAAUGCUUGUGCUUUUUUUUUAAUGUAAUAUGCAGUGAAUUCAUCCGUUAUUGAUGCCCUUACCUGUAUGAAAUUGGGGAAUAUCCUGGGAAUUGAUCUGUUUACCAUCUCAGUCUCUACCGCAUCAGCAUCUACUUGUGGAAAACCAUGGGACUCCUUGUGUGUAUUUCGUUGGGGAACGCACUGUAUUUACAUGGUGAAUACUCUGGGUAAUAAUUAUUAAUUCAUAACCCUACCACCACCAUUCCCAUGUAUUAUCUCUCUCUAUGUAGUGAAUACACGGAGAAUUAAAAAAUUUUGUUGCCUGCACUCAGGCUGGUAUUUCAACUGACAGGACAAAGGAGGGCAGGUCACACAACCUUUGGGAGAAAGGGAGCUUGGCAAUACAAUCUUCUUAUUUUGCCUUAGAGUUCUAUAAGAGGAAAUACCUUGUGGGCCCCACACCGAUAGAAGCCAAAGACUUCCAAAGACAACUUUCUCCUACCUCAUCCUUGCAAUGGUCCAUCAUUUCUCCCCUCCUAACACUAUCAUAAUGCAGUUACCUCCCUAUAAAGCCACAAAGGCCCUUUCCAGGAGCUAUUAAAAGCUGGUCCUGCUGUGGCCACGCGCAGUCUGGAUGCACAGAGCAGCUGAACUCAAAGAAACUAGAUCUUGUAAACAUCUAUUUUAUAAAUACCACGCUUGCGUGGGGGGUAUAAAACAUUGCCCCCACCUGAUUCCGGGAAUUAUUUAUAACCGCUGUUGAUUGAAAUGGCUCUUCUCUAACGGCAGUAUCAACAAUCUGUAUUAUAUUAUGGGCAUGGUAAAGGAAUAUGGGAAGGAAAAACACCUGAAUCAACCUCAUAUAUACUUAGGUGUUUAUUGCAGAGCAGGCUAAAACAGCCGAGCAAUGGCUAUAAAUUAAUUGGAGAGUUUUACCAGAUCAGCUAUUUGUGUCUAAAUUUUGCAGUUUGGUUUUCAAUUCACUACAAGUUGAAGUUUAAUACAUUCCACCCUUAGAGAGGAAUUAGGUGUUUGCAGAACAGAACAGUCAUAGCAAAAGAACAGUUGCCAAAAAUUGCAAAUGAAUUAUAAGGAAGUUGGAAAAAAAGGUAAAUUUAAUCCCCAAAACUAAAACUUGUUACAGGGAUGUAAAUGCCAGGGGGACUGAGGCCCAUGAAACAAGAGUAACCCUAAAUAUCCCACGUAUUUACCUUCCUGAGCUGCUCAAGCUGUCAGUCUGCAGGAGGUCAUUUGACCUUGCAGAAUGGGCACAUGUAGGAGGUACUCUGCUAGUUGUAGUGACAUGUUACUGCUGCUCUUUAUAUAGCGCCAACAGAUUCUGCAGCGCUGUACAAUGAAACUAUAAAAACAACAAAUACUUUAAGGUGAAAAAAGCAAGCGUUGGAUAGCAUUCUGUUCAUUUAAAGCAUAAAUGUCAAACUCGUGGUCCACAGGGCGCAUGCGGCCCACAACUAAUAUGUUUGCGGCCCGCUGGCAGCGAGGGAGCACUGAGUGUAAGCUCUCCCUCCUCAGCUUACCGCAGUGAUGCCAGGAGCCAGAAUAUGACGUCACUCCGGCUCCCGGGAUCACUUUGUGACACGCGAGGGAGCUGAGCAGAAAGAGCUUACACUCAGCGUUCCCUCACUGCCUGUCCGCCCCCUGCUGCCUGAACGUACACCUGCCCAGCAGCCCCACUAGACCCCAGGUAAGAAAUCCAAUUGGGGGAAAUGUGUGUUUGGGUGUAUGGCUGUGUGUCUGUAUGGCUGUCUCUGUGUGUGUAUUGAUGUGUGUGUGUGCAUGGCUGUGUGUGUGUAUGGCUGUCUGUGUUUGUAUUGCUGUAUGUGUGUGUGCAUGGCUGUGUGUAUGGCUAUCUGUGUGUGUGUGUGUGUGUGUGUGUGUGAGUAUGGCUGUCUGGCUGUGUGUAUAUAUGGCUAUCUGUGUCUGUGUAUGGCUGUCUGUGUGUGUGUGUCUGUCAGUGAGUCUGUGUCUGUGAGGGAGCCUGUGUGUCUGUCUGAGUGAUUGUGUGUGUCUGUGAGAGUGAGUGUGUCUGUGAGGGAGCCUGUUUGUCAGUUAGUGUGUGUAUGUCAGUGAAUGUGUGUGUCUGUGAGUGCAUGUGUGUGUUGGAGUGAUUCUGUGUGUAUGUCAGUGCGUGUGUAUGUCUGUCAGUGAGUGUUUCUCAAUGAGUGUGAGUGAGAACAGGGGCAGGGG